UGAGGCUUUUUAGCGUUUGUUCCGCAGCAGUUUGCGGUGCUUUUGGAACGAGUUCAUAGCUGCGGAUGCUGUCACUGGACGUGAAGGAGGAUCGGCGAGGAGCCGGUGAGGAGCAGGUCUGAGUUGUUCCGCUGGUCCAACUGGGUCCUGGACUGGUGUCAGUGAUGGCCGACCGGUCGCCUCCCGUUCUCCUGGAAGCAUGUGUGGUCCUUGGAGCAUCUAGCGACAAACUCCGUGAAGUCUACCAGGCCAUUGACAUAAAUGGAUCUCCAGAGCACCUCCUGCUGGAGCCGGAGGUGCUGCAUGUCCUGGCGCCUCCCUUCGUUAGCAGAUCACCAGCUGAGAGUGAAGCCGUGAGGUCACAUGGGAGGAGGCGGCGCUCUCUUCUCCGGAGGAAAAAGGAACAACCUCCAUCAGCUGUAGCAACUUCCAUCCAAGCAGGAAAUGAAUACCUGAGUGUUCCUAAAGACAUUGACCUCAUGGCUCUACCUCAUCUCUGCUUCCCGGGUGGGCUUCAAGUAACCAACGAACAGAAAGAUGAACAAUUCCACUUCCUGGUUUUCACCGAUGUCUUUGGCAACAAGACCCAUGGAGUAGUUAUGCAAUGUUACCGACCAAUACUGGAAGGGACGUCUGUCUUGAAGUACAGAGCUGGGUCUUUAAAGUUUCCUAGACUUUUCUCUGCCUACAGUUUCUGUGUCAUAUCCAGAUAUCCUUACUUCACUGCACUCAAAGACUGUCUGUCAUGUCUGUCAAUCCAGCUACGAACCUGCCUUUUAUCUGACAUGGAGGAGAGAGUGAAGGAGUUUGCAACCAAACUGGCGCUGGUGCCUAUCCCCCCACCUGGACAGCUACAUUUGAUGUUUACCUUGUGUCCUUUGACCAUUGUGUUACCAUCCAGAGAAGACAAGGACCAUCCUACUAUAGAUUUAGACCUGCAUCUGCCUUUCUUCUGUUUCAGUCCACUGCAGCUACUUCAGGGGCUUUCUUGUCUCCUGCAGGAGGAGCGGGUGGUGUUGUUCUCUGCUGAUUGGGCCAGACUCACCCUGGUGGCGGAGAGCCUCUUGCUUUUUCUGCAGCCUUUGUCGUGGCAGCAGCCAUACGUUCCUGUCCUGGCCAGAAGCAUGCUGGACUUUGUCAUGGCCCCUACGGCCUUUCUCAUGGGAUGCCAUCUCAGCCAUUUCGAACAGGUUGCUACCGAAACAGAUGAUCUAGUCCUGAUCAACAUUGAUAACGGAAGUGUCUCCACUUCUUGUUCUGAGACGCUGGACCUACCACAGAUCCCUGCGGCUGCUGCAGACUGCUUCACACAGAGGUGUCGGACACUGCAGAUUCAUUUUGACCUGUAUCAAUGCCCAAAUGCGAGCUGCACUGACGUCAGUGAGCAGAGGGCAAAAAGGAGAGCGUGGCAACACAAUCUCAACCUCGACAUCCAGAGGAUCACACUGGAACUGAUGGUCAACAUAUUCAGGGACGUUAGCAGUCACCUAAACUACGAACAUCGAGUGUUUAACAGUGAAGAGUUCCUGAAAAGCAGAGAGCCAUCCGAACAGCUGUUUUACAAACAGGUGUUGGAAACACAUAUCUUCCAUUUCUUCCUCAAGGAUCGUCUCAACAAGAAAAUUGACGAUUUUGCUCGACUGGAACAAAGCACUCGCUCUGAGAUGCAGCGGAUGAAAGCUACGGCUGAGGUCCCACGCAGACCGACCAUGCAGGAGAUCCUAGCACGGAGAAAGAGCUCCACCACGGUGAGCAAGGUGAGCGCGAGACAGGGGAUGAGCCUCCCGAACCUCGGAGACGAUCACACUAUCGGCUUCAAGAGAAAUCCAACGCCGACGAGGACCAUUGCGUCUGACCACGCGCCAAGAAAUCCUCCUAAAGCGGCAACAGUGUUCAAGCUCCCCGAUUUCCCAGCCUCCCUGUCCUUCCACUCUGUCCAAAGUUGGUACAGUGAGCUGCUCCGGCUGCUCGGCAAAGCCAUCCUCUCUGUCCAAAACGAGAACCUCGCGCUGCUCGCCAGAUUCUACUACCUGCGUGGAUUCAUUAGCACAUUGUGUUGGCGGCGGCUGGACGCUCUGGGCGAUUUCCAGAACCUUUACAGGACCGACAUCGCCAUCUUCCCCACGCAGCUGGUCACAUGGCUCGUGGACUCUCUGCACCGGGAGGAGAGGCAGCAGGCCGACAGGCAACCGGAACUCAAGAGAUUUAUACUCAAAGUGAGGACAGAGAAUGAGAAGGUGUCUGUGCAGCCUGAUGACCAUGUCAAGAAAUUUAAGCUUCCCCAAAAGCAUCUGGAUCAGGAAGAGUUUGUGCGUUGCGUUCAGGAGUGCGGCAUUGUUAAGGACGUAGCAACCAUACAUCGUUUAUUUGAUGCUCUAAGAGAUGAUACCUCCAUCUCCGUCCCAGCACAGCCAAAGCAGGUCGUCUCCGAUCUGUUUCGAGUCUUCUACACCUUGUGGAAAGAGACGGAGGCCGCGGCGCAGGACCUCAACUUGCCCUCUGAGGUCAUGGACCGUCUUGACAAUAGCGAGUGUGUGUACAAGGUGUCGUCGUGUGUCAAGACCUCCCUUGGCGUUGGCAAAAUUGCCAUGACUCAGAAACGUCUCAUCUUACUUACUGUUGGACCACAGGGCUUCCUGGAAAUCACAAAGUUCAGAGACAUACAGGAGGUGAAGAUUGCCUCAGCUUCCUUACUACUUCUUCGUAUUCCUUCACUUCACAUCAAGACCUCUGGUAGGGUUGAGGUGUUUGAGGCCAAUCUGAAGACAGAGACUGAACUCUGGAACCUCGUCGUGAGAGAGAUGUGGGCUGGACGCAAGAUGGCCGACCAGCACAAGGACCCUCAGUACAUGACUGAGGCUCUAACCAACGUCCUGUUAAUGGAUGCUGUCACAGGUUGCCUACAGACACAGAGGUCCAUCGCUGCCGCCUCAAAGUUGGCCUACUUUGAUCAAAUCAAACAUGAAGUGCCCAUGAUGGUGCCUAAAACUACCUCAGAGACUCUAAAACACAAGAUCAACCCAUCACUGGACCUGGCUGAACCUCAGACUGUGCAUGUGCUGCUAUACACACCAGGUCAGCUGACUAGCAAUGACUCAAAGAGCGAGAUGAACCCAAAGCUGUGGGUGGCUCUCACUGGGGGCAAAGUGGUGGUGUUUGAUGCAGCGAGCUGGUCCAUGCAGCAGGACUGCAUCCAGGUGGGAGCGUCAGAGCUGAACUGCAUGCUGGGAUUGGUAAAUGAGCAAGUGUGGAUUGGCUCUCAGGACUCAGUAAUCUACAUCAUUGACACUCAAAGCAUGUCGUGCAACAAACAGCUGACUGAGCACAGACACGAAGUGACUGGACUCACAUUGGACCCCAGAGAUCAACACAACAAUCAGCGGGCAUACUCCUGCAGCUGCGAUGGGGCGAUUCUGCAGUGGGACACGGCCAGUCUCAAAGUGAAGCGACAGCUCCACCUCAGCUGUGACCGUCUGUCCUCCGUUCAGAUCUACGAUGGGACCCUGUGGUGCCGCUGUGGGGACUGCAUUGUGGAACUGAAAAAGAGUGGGACUCCACAAAGAAGAAUCUCACUUCCCAAGGACGUACAGAGUAUGUCCAGCAGCUUCAGCAGCUUCAUCAUCAUCCCAGAGCGAGGUCAAUUGUGGACGGGCUGUGCAGACUCAGGGGAGUUGUGUCUGUGGCACACCGACAACCACAGACUCCCAUCUGAGAGAAUCCUCCUGCCUGGCAGUUCCGGAGUCACCUGUAUGAUUCGAGUCAAGGAUCAGAUCUGGAUGGGCUGUCGGGGCCGAAGCGGUUCGGAAGGUCAGAGUGCCGGCCAGCUGAGAGGUCAGGUGCUGGUGAUGGACGCAGAAAGCCACACUGUGGUCAAGGAGCUGCAGGCCCAUUCAGACACCAUCCAGACACUUUGCUCUGCUGAGGACCGAUACGUCCUCAGUGGCUCUGCAAGCAGAGAUGGCAAGAUCGCCAUCUGGAAAGUCGAGUAGAGGUGGAGGAAGCAAUUGUGAAGAAAGGGAAGGAGUAGAAAAAAGGUAGUUGUGGGUUUCUAUACAAGACAUGUUGAAUAAUAGUGUUUUGAGUAUUUGACUGUGACAACAAGAUGAUGCUGUGGGAGGUUCCGAAGAGACAGGAAAAUGAUUCUCUCUCACUUGGUGGAUUAUCAUUUGUGGCCAUAUGAUAACCGUUUGUCUACUGGUGGUUAAAUACGCAGAAUAGUAACCGGAACUCGUGGUAUCGUGAGAACCCUUAAACCAAAACAAUACAGUGCGGUAUGUGUAAGAGAUUUGGUUUAGUCCUCAUUUAGGAAGGUCUUUUUAUUUCUUCUUGAAAACAACACAAAAGGUCAAGUCCGUGCCUUAAGUAUGUUGUUUAAAAAACUGGAUUUUGUCAAGAUGUCAACAGCAGUA